ACGCUGGCGUACUGAGCGGGGUUGAUGAAGGCGGCUGGCGACAGCAGGAGGCCCCCGGGGCUCUGCGCCCCUUCCACGGCCUCAUAGUAAAAGUCGCCCGCCCCGUUCAGGCCGGGCCCGUGCGCCCUGCUCACUCCGUUCCCAUUCAUGCCGCCCGCUGCCUCUCACGCGGCCCGGGGCCCUGCGCCCAUGCCCUGCCCGCGCCGCGCGGGGCGCCACCGGUCCGCUCCCCUCCCCCGCCCCCGGAACCCGGGGUCCCCGAGCGCCUGGGCUCCCGUCAGGGAGUUGGCUCAAAGGUGGUGAACGUGUCGCCGAGCGGGGGAAACGGUGUUCCGGCCGUCUGGGCGCCUGAGCUCCGGGGCAAGUCGACGGAGCAGACCUGGCUACGAGCGAGAGGAGACAGAGGCCGCUCCCGACAAACAGGUCGGACGGUGCCGGGGGAGGGGCGGGAGGCGGAGCGCGGCCGGCUGUGGCGGGCCGGGCCCUGCGGGGCGAGCGGGGAACUGCCCUCGGCAACCCCCCGCCCCCCCCCCUCCACCGCCCCGGCUGCCUCAGCGUGGGCCCCCGAAGGUUUGCAGGUGUAACAAGGCUGGCCCCUCUUGGGGCGACUCUGGGAAGUCUCCUUCUGGACAUGAGCUUUAAUCGCCAACUCCCAGAGCAGAGAAAGAGAAAUCCUCCAAGAGGCAAAACCAGCUCAGUAGGUGCCAGGCUCUGUGCUUAGGCGGUUGCUCAAGUCCCCUUAUCUGUGAAAUAGGUGUUAGUGUCUUCCCUACUUGUUUGUCACCACUUCCAGUUCUGGCUCUUCCCUUCCGCUAGGCCCACCAGGCCCUCCUCAGCCAGGCCAUUCCAGGCCCCCAGUGCGCAGCACCAAAGGGACGGCUGCCAGAUCUUCUUCCUUCCUUUCUCUGGGCUUCAGCGCCUGCCCCUUACAGCCUACUCUUGCCUCUCUCCUGUCUCCAUUCAUCCCGUAUUUAUUUGCACCAGUAGGUGCAAGCUGCAGUGCUAGGCUAAGCCCAUACUGAGAUGCCUCUUGGGGAGAGCCCGGUUUGGUGGUGGAGAAAUGACAGCUCGGGUGGCAUGUGUGCGUGAACAUGGUGAUGGUCCUGGGUAUCACGUGUCAUGUGCACAGACAUCGAAACAGUCCUGGGUGGCACAAGACAUGUGCACACCGACAUCAUGACAGUUCUAGAGGCAACGUGCAUCCAAAACCAGGGUACCGGGGAAACUUUUCCUCAAAGAGGUGACAUUGUCCGUAACCCACUGUUCUCAUCUAUAGAAACACUGAUAGGUGCAUUUCAUAAGCCAGCCUGAAGACCCAACCAGAAAGGCAGUGAGGUCCAGGAGAAAAUGAUGAGGGAUCCCCAGAGCUAAAGCCAUCACCCAAGGGUCCUCAGAUGGAUGCUGGGCUGCCUGAAAAGAGUUACCUGGAGAGCUUUUUAAAAAUCCUGAUUUCUGGACCGUAUGUUCAAAGAUCCUAAUUCAAUGUGUCUACGAAGGGGAGGGGCUUGGGAACCUGUAUUUGUAAAAAUGUCCCUGGGUGAUCCUGUAAAAACUGCAGCCCGGUUUGGGAACCACCCCCUCAGUGUCUCCCUUCUUCCAGGAGGCCACCCACUCGUGCUGGGAGCACUGCCUCUGAGGGGGGAAUAAUAGUUGCGGCCUCUCCCACCGCACUGGGCUGGGAGGCCAGCAGGUGGGUGGAAAAGACAAGGGUGGGAUGAAGGAGGGAAACCAGACGGGGUGGGUGGCCUUAGGGUGUGUGGGUGACUCAGCCCCACGCCAGCCCCUGGUGGUGUCAGGUGGCAGCUGCACUCUUGUUGCCAUGACAACUCCUCCAGGAACGCAGGGAGGCCCGUCCGACGGGUUUGUUUGCGCUCGCUCGAGAAGCUGAGGGAAGAGCCCAAGCCUUAGGGGAGGGCAGAGGCCUUGGUGGGUAGAGAGCAGACCCGGGAGAAUGGGCAGCUGCAGAAACCAGCAGCGGGAGGAGGGAACCUGCUUCAGGGAACAGAUCUGCUCUGCUGUCCUGAGGGCCGAAGGCUGUGGUUGAUUUCUCUGUCAAUGAAAAUCAGCCCCGGUGGAAGAGGGGGAGCCAUGGUGGGGAAGCAGAAGGACAGGAGUGAAACACAAAGGCAGGAGUGUCCCAGAGUGGUGCAACAGAGAGGAAGGGCUCCAGAGGCUCAGGCCAGAGAGGGACAGAGGUUGCCCAGCACCCAAAGCCAAGACACAUAUUUGGAACUCACUCUGCCCUCUUCACCUUCAAGGAAAACUGGUUUGUGGAUACCCUGCCCAUGCCUGCCUGAACCAACAGCCUCUCCAGCGCUGGAAUCGUGUCUGCUCCAGAGAGAGGAGGAGGGCAGCUGAGAAAAAACCCACGAGACAACAUGCAGCAGUCACUCCUUUGGCCAAUGGAAUCAAAGAAGUGAGAGCAUAAGCUGCAACUGUUCCCAAGGCAAGGAAGACAUGUCUUUCCUAUCUGAGAAUGAUUCUUCUGGCUCCUGCACUAAGUGCUAUCCCCUCCUGCAGUCUCAUGGCUCCCAGUCAUUCUGCUGCCUGAGGAACUAGCUGCCAGAUCAUCAGGUUGGGCUCAAGCCCCUCUCAUCACGUCCCUCCCUGAACCAGCCCGAAGUCCAGUAGCUGGAGUCUGGAGUAAUACCUUCCUUCCGGCUGGCAACACUCCAUGAAAACCCCAGAGCUUGUCCUGUCAGCUGGAGCCCAGAAAGCCAGCCAGGCUCCUGCAGUUGGCAUAUUUAGUGCAGAGCCGAACAGGAGCCUAUUUCCUGGCGGCGGCGGCUGCGGCGGCGGGGGGCGCCUUCCAGGUCCUGUCUGGGGCUGGCCAGGCACGUGGGGAUGAAGCUGGGGACAUGUUUGGGAUUUUGAAAUAUUUAAUAAUUCACUGGAAGUGUGAAACAGGAGUAUCAAAUGGAGCAUUGCUGGAAGGACAGCUAGUGAUUUCCAUGGAAGCAUUAAAUUCUAAUCACCAGGAAAAUACUCUUCACUGUGUAACAACAAUUGCUUCUGCAGGAAGCACUUAUGGUGGUUUGGUUCUCAAGAAGUUCAUAAAAGAAAUACAAUCUAUACUGCCCGGAUUCUCUGCAAAGCUGAACUGGACUUCAGAAGAAGCCAGCUCUUCUCAGGACAUAUCAGGGGUAACACCCUUCCAGAUGAUUUUUGAGGUUGAUGAAAAGCCCAGAACUUUGAUGACAGAUAGUUUGGUGAUAAAGAACUUUUUACGCAGAAUCAUCAUGGUACACCCUAAGAUUAGAUUUAAUUUCAGUGUAAAGGUGAAUGGAAUCCUUUCCUUGGAAAUCUUUGGGACAAAGAACGAACCCACUUUGAACCUGUCGAAUGGAAUUGCUCUUGUUAUAAACUAUCAACAUUAUGUGAGUAGACCAAAAUUUGGUGCAGCUCAAUUACUCUGCAGUCGAAUCCAUCCUGUGCUAGGACACCCAGUAAUGCUUUUCAUCCCCGAUGACGUGGCUGGCAUGGGCUCGUUGGGAGAACUGAUACUCACUCCAGCUGCUGCUCUGUGUCCCUGCCCAAAGGUCUUUUCCAACCAGCUGAAUAGAGUUUCUUCAGUUUCCAUAUUUCUAUAUGGACCGUCAGGCCUGCCUCUGAUAUUGCCAAGUCAGAAGCAGCCAACUACUACUGUCUUCGAAGAUACCUCUUUCUUCAUUGACUGGAAGAAAUACCACUUGUGUCUGGUGCCCAAUAUGGAUCUCAGUUUGGAUAGAGAUUUGGUGCUUCCAGAUGUGAGUUAUCAGGUGGAAUCCAGUGAGGGGGAUCAAUCUCAGAAUAUGGACUCCCAGGGACAGACUCUGCUGCUUUUUCUCUUUGUGGAUUUCCACAGCGGAUUUCCGGUCCAGCGAACAGAACUCUGGAGAGCCCAUACUUUGCUCACCGUUCAUCUCAGUGCCAUCCUUACGGAGAGCCACAGUGUAGUGCAAGAUUCCAUCCAAGUGACUGUGGACCAGGCCUUGGAACAGUAUCACCAGGAUGCCAAGGAUCAUCAGAAAUUGCAGGCCUCACUCUCAGUGGCUGUGAAUUCCAUCAUGAGUAUCGUGACUGGAAGCACCAGCAGUAGCUUCCGAAAGAUCUGCUUCCAGGCCCUUCAAGCAGCUGACACUCAAGAGUUUGGGACUAAACUGCAUAAAUCAUUUUAUGAGAUCACCCAGCACCGAUUUCUUCCCCACUGCUCAUGUGAGGUGAAUCAGCAGCUGCUCCCAGAGAAAAAUGCAGAGCAGAGCACAGAAGAUGCACAUGAGAACAGCAGUCCAGAACUCCUUACAGGAACCAGCGAGCAAGUGGAAAACAAGAGGCUCAAGAGGGGCAGCCUCCGGCGGGGCAUGGAAGAGACGCAGGCUUUCCACUCUGCCAGGGCCCCGAGCCAAUUAGAGGCCGCCGCGCGCCGCACAGAGCCUGCGGGGGCCUUCCCGACCCCUAGCGGAAGCAGGGCGAGCCCUGGGGGCGGCCUGGAGGACUCGCUAUGGCUGCAGGAGGUCUCCAAUCUAUCCGAGUGGCUGGAUCCCGGCCCUGAGCCCUAAGCUAGGGUGAUCUCCCCAUGCGCCCACGCCCGCCCGGUAGCUGCCGGGGCAGCGUGCUGUCUGUUGUUCAAUAAACCUGCUCCGCGAGCGCAGCUUCUGCUUCAGUGUCGGGGGCGGGGUCAGGGGCGGGGCUCCCGCGCUGCCGGAUGACAUC